GUAUCACAGGGGCAGUUUCGUAUUCCUUGACUUAAGAACGUGUUUUCAGGGUCUUUCUCUUUUUUUAGAGUAACCUUUUAUCUCCCCAGAAGUGGAUAUUCAGUCGAAGAGACGGAAAUGAUUUCUUUGUUGAUUGUAAAACCGAAGAUAUAAGAAAAAAAUCUGAAGAAACCUUGCAAGACGAGAGAGAGUGAGCAGGGUAUUAGUUUAUCUGUCAGCUGGAGAACUGUCACACUCUCUCACGCGGUGUGGUAUAAACAACACCAGCCACACUGACUCCCGGGGCGCGCUCUCGUGCCUGUGUGCUGCCCUUCUGAAACCGGGUGUAAUUUUUGUAAAUGCACGAGAAUUACAAGCAAGCCAAGCUGUUUUAUGUUAUUUCAGCGACGGUCUACAUCUCUUCUGUGAUCUAAAAUACAUAUAUGUGUGUGUGUAGCAAGACGUACAGACAGAAUCUGUAUAUCAACUAAUUACCAUACAGAGAAAACAAGAAAAUAGACUAUUUGAACAUUAAAAAACAUUCACAUUCGCCAUGAACGUGUGUAAGUUCUUCAUGGUACUUUUGUGUGCGUGCAACUUCCAUGGAAUCACAGGUGAGGGUCUCAGAAAGUCACACCCUUUCUUCAGCGCCUCCGUGCCUGCUCCCCCAGCCCACAGAGCUGAGAAAGAAGACAGGUCGUCUUCGCCCAGAUCGAAGCCCCUCCCUCCACUUUACCUCCUGAAGCACGCUGACGGCGGGAGCGAAAUCAAGCCCGGACCGGAGCCGCCCCUAGGCCUCUCCUCCGCGAAGCACAAGUCUACCUUCAACGACCUCAGCGUCUCGGAGGAGCAGAAGUCUCCAGAGGCCGACCCAAACCGACGGCUUUCUUCGCUGGCGUCCUUUCACAAUGGAGGACACGCAGACUGCGAUGGCUCGUCCUCGCUCGCGCCCACCAGCAUCGCUCCCGUGCCGCUCCCGGGCCCGAGGACCUGCCAGAGCUCGGCGACGGCGAAGGAGGGCGAGGGGAGCUUGUUGCCUGAAGUGUGCGACAAGUGCCCGAGGACGGAGGCCAAUCUGAAUGCCCUCGACCCGUGCAUGUGUGUGGGAAUCAACGGUUCAAGCUCGGGUAUGAUCAGCAUCACGUGCCCAACCUCCAUGGCAACACUGGAUCAACUAGAAAGUAUUCUAACUACGCCUAAUUAUAUUACCUAUGACGUCUUCAGCUUUACCCUAAAAGGCUCGAACGUGUCCGGCGUGCUAACCCAAGACACGUGGGGCAACCUAACGUUCCAUCAGGUGGUCAUCGAAGGGAACCAGAUCACGCAAGUCGACAAUAAGGCUUUUGCUAAAUCGGCUGAGACGCUUACUUUCCUCAGUCUUUUUAACAACAAGAUUGACUAUUACGUAACGAGCAGCCAUAACGACCUGCCCAAGCUGCGGACUUUGGUGCUCAAGCAGAACAAGAUCACGGUCAUCUUCGCCAGCGCCUUCAGCUACGCCUCUCUCAGGGAAAUUGAUCUUUCGCACAACGAGAUCGCCACCAUCGGCAAGGAAGCUUUCGCAGACCUUGAUAAACUCGAGAUUCUCUCCCUCUCCUACAAUAAACUGACGAAGCUGGAAAACGACUGGUUCAAGUUCCACAAUCACCAUCCAGACUCCAGUUUCCUGCAGAUCGAUCUCUCGCACAAUAAUAUUGACUUCAUAGAAGAGCGUGCAUUCCCCGACCUGUGCAACGUUCAGAUCGACCUCCGCUACAACCAGCUGACCACCCUCUCCGAAGCAGUGUUCCGUCCCAUCAUCAUCGCCAGUUCCUACUUUGCUCGGUUUUUAUUCGAAGGCAACCCUAUAGUAUGUGACUGCAGCAUCCUGUGGGUAGUCGAAGAUGACUUCAUUCCAACCCGCUUCGAUAACUUUAUCUGUCCCAAUCUCAACUUGCCUCUGUGGAUCGUGAAACCGGGGGAUUUAGGCAACUGUUCUCUAAUCUACUAAAGUCAUUUCCUAAAGCACGUUACUGAGCAGUAAAAUAUUUUGAAUUUACUAGGUAUGUAUAUGUCACAUACAACGUGAACUUUCGAAUGCAUCACGAUUAGAUAAUAACUUUCUAAUAUUAGUAUGAUCGCUCGCACCGGUCACUACAUCCAGAUAAAUUCAGUGUUUUCAAGGAAUCUGAUGCAGUGGGAUUUAUCUUAUUUGAAAAUUAUGCUGAUUUUCGACAGCUAGUAUGAUUAUUCAGUUAUGAAGUGUGAUUAGCACAAUUGAAUACAAUUUUAUGAAAGUCAUAUAACAAUGUCAUUGACACUGUACUGUUAUGAUAUCAGCUUUUGAAUAGUUAAUACCUCUUUUAUCACACAUACACACAUACCCACACAUACGCACAUACCCACACAUACAUUCACGCUCACACACACACACACACACACACACACACACACACACACACACACA